AUGGCAACAUCAAUGAGCACUGGAUCGUCAGGAGAUAGCCAGCCAGGCACCCCUACCAAACUCAAGGGUCAUCAGAGACUCCUAAAAGGACUACAGCGAAUGUCAUCAAGUCCUUCCCUUGUACGAACGGGCAGAAAACGUUCUUCUUCCCUUGGCUCUCGGCGUCUGGGGAAUCCUUCCAUGUCCUGUGUCUCUCUAAGCUCACUGUCAUAUUCACAAUGCUUUGGCAACUCAAGCUCACCACAGAUCUAUAAGUGCCUAUCCACAGAACCAAAUAAUAUCCCCUCAGAUAGGCAAACGGUGCAGGAUGAGAACAAUGCCCCAAUCCGAAUGGUAUUCUCAGACACUGCUGUUGCUGCUGCGGCCAAUAGCCGGCCCCAAAUUACUGUACCACUCCCCGCAGAUGUGCGGCCCACAUCCAGAAGCGGCACACUCCCCAGUUCAAUGGAGGUUGACGAAGGUAGCUGUGAAAUGAAAGAUGCCGUCGUGGAAACGGCGCCACCGCAAAAGUCUCACUUUGAAUUCUGGGCAGAUAUGCCGGAGGAAAUCAAAAUGGCUAUUUUUCAGUAUCUCCCCGCCAAAGAUCUCUUCAGAUGCUCUCGAGUAUCAAAAUCGUGGAACAAGAUGUGCUUUGAUGGGCAGCUAUGGGCAAGACUAGAUGCAUCGACCUACUACACUGAUAUUCCGAGUGAGGCGUUGGUAAAAGUUAUUACCGCUGCAGGCCCCUUUCUGAGAGACUUGAAUCUUCGUGGAUGCACCCAGCUGGAAGACGCAUGGCUGUCUCAUGGAGAACGAAUAGCUGAUGUUUGUCGGAAUCUCGCCAACAUAUGCAUCAGGGAUUCCAGGAUUGACCGGAACACGCUUCAUUUGUUACUCAGGAAGAAUCCCAAGCUGGUCCAUAUCGAUCUGUCCGGACUGGCAAUAGUGAACAAUUGCUCUAUGAGAAUCAUCUCCCAAAGCUGUCCCAAUUUGGAGCUCCUCGACAUCUCUUGGUGCAAGGGGGUGGAUGCGAAGGGUUUGAAACGAAUUGUUGCCUCCUGUCCUCAUCUUAGGGAUUUACGUGUUAAUGAGCUUUCCGGAUUUGACAACCACCAGCUGCUGCAGCAGUUAUUUGAAGAAAAUAGCCUUGAAAGACUGAUACUAUCCCAUUGUUCCUCUCUAUCAGAUAUGAGCUUGAAGAUCCUUAUGGAAGGUAUUAACCCGGAAAUAGAUCUCUUAACAGACCGGGCUGUCGUACCUCCGCGGAAGCUGAAGCAUCUUGAUUUAUCUCGCUGCCGAUCCCUGACCGAUGUGGGAAUCAAAAGUCUUGCGCACAACCUUACCCUGUUGGAAGGGCUGCAGCUUUCACAAUGUCCUAAUAUAGGGGAUGAAGCGCUCCUAGAUGUCCUCCACUCCACCCCACGCCUUACGCAUCUCGACCUCGAGGAAUUGGACAAGCUAACUAACACCUUUCUCAUUGAAUUGUCCAAAGCGUCAUGCGCUGCAACUCUACAGCAUCUAAACAUCAGCUUCUGCGAAAGAAUAGGUGAUACUGGAGUGCUGCAGUUGCUGAAAAACUGCCCCUCCAUCCGCUCCCUCGAUCUCGACAACACAAGGGUCUCCGAUCUCACUCUCAUGGAACUUUGCAGUCAAGCCCGCAAGCGCGGAUUUGGUAACAGCUUCCCAAAACUGGGUUUCAGAGUCGCCGUCUUCGACUGCGGAAACGUCACCUGGGCCGGUGUCCGCGAAGUGCUGUCCAGCAACACAUACGUCCCCCGCCAGCGAGCCAUCAAUCCCCCCACCACUGCCAAAUCCCCUACCGAAUCCAGCCAAUCCCUCUCAUCCACACCCUCUUCCUAUACAACUACCACAGUCUCAACAACCACCUUCUUACCCCAUACACCCUACAGCAUUCACCCCAUAACCAUAACCGACGACCCGUCCACCUUCCCCCCCAGCGCCACAAUCCUAUACCCCAAAGAAAUCAUCGACCUGAAAUGCUUCUACGGUUGGCAGAUGAUGGUUAAUGAACACACGAAGCGCGUGCUGCGUGGGAACUUAGCGGGUGCUAUGCGGCUUGAGCGCAAGUGGGCGGAUUAUAUGAUGGCGACUGAGGAGGCGGGGGCUGAUGGGGCUGGAGGGGCUGAUGCGAGGAGGAGGCGGAGGAGAGCUAGGGAGGUGGAACGCAUGUAUACUGAAGAAGACGAUGGGGUUGAGAGUGCAUAUGGGCCUGCGGGGUUAGCGCCGUUGGGAGGAAGGAGAAGGAGGGCUAGGAGUGGAGGAUGUGUGAUCAUGUGA